AUGGCAAGAAUUAAAGAUCGUGAUAUAUUUGACAAAAAGUUCAGAAUUGUAGCAGGGAUCAUACUAGGACCUUCGAUUCUAGGUCAGAACACGAAGUACAUGGAAACAUUUUUUCCCGACUGGGGGAUGGGUUUGUUAGAUACAACUGCAAACUUUGGAGCUGCAUGCUAUAUUUUUAUUACAGCAAUCAAAUUAGAUCCAACUAUGUUACUAAGAGCUGGAAAAAUCUCUUGGAUUAUAAGUUUACCAAGCUUCACAAUUCCCUUUCUUUACUCAUUAAUUUCCGAUUUUUUGAUUCAAAAAAAAAUCCCUGGAUUCAUUUACAGAGAAGAAAAAGGAUUACUUAGAAUCAGUUACGGUCUAUCCAUCACCUUCUUCAUCUCCAUCGCGGAUGCCAUGGAAGAACGGAGCCUAAGAACUACAGAAUUAGGGCAAAUUUCUAUGUCUUCUGCUAUGAUUAUGGAAAUGUCCAGAUUAUGUAUACCUGAAGAAUCAUCAUUAGGUGGUGCAAUUAUAGAGAAAACUGAAGCUAUUGUGAUGAAUAUUUUCCAGCCUUUGUUCUUUGUGCUUAUUGGGUAUCAUACGGAUAUCAAAUUAUUAUCUAAUAUUGAUGGUUAUGGUUUAUUAAUAUUGUUCAUAUUUGGGUGUCAUUUAGCAAAAAUGAUUGCUACUGUUUCGGCUUCAUAUUUGGUUGGGGUCAAAUUGAGAAAUGCUCUUUUGCUUGGUUUCAUUAUGAAUUUCAAGGGUGUAAUUGACUUCUCAUUUUAUUCGAGAUGGCUUGCUUCUGGAAUUAUCGGAUUAAUUCGAGCAACCACUGCUUAUGUGGCCGCAUAUUGCCCAAUGGGCAAAGGUGGAUAUCCCGCAACUCGGCGGCCACAUAGACAAUUAUUUGCGGGAACUGAUUGGUUGGUAGACCAGAGAAUGUACACUAUAUUAGUGUUAUCCAAUUUUAUUCUUACUUCUGUGCAUAGCAAUAUACUAGACAUAUUCUACAAUCCUCAAACAAGACUUACAGAAUCUCCAUCUUCUCAAAAACGUUUCAGAAAUCUUCAAUCCGCCUCCGUUUCUAGACCGUUACGCCUUCUAACCUGCAUUCACUCCGAAGACAAUGUCCGAUGCAUCAUUUCCCUACUUGAAGCAUCGAAUCCGAAUGCAAUUAGUCCUAUUCACGCAUAUAUUGUUCAUACCAUUGAACUCGUGGGUGGUAUGGUUCCGAGAUUAACACCUUAUAACACUAAUUGGAGAAGAUAUCGAUCUUACACAAGCUCGAAUCAUAUAAUGCAAGCCUUCUCGAAUUACUCAAAAAAUUCUCGAGGUCCAGUCUCGAUUCGACCAUUCACAUUGGUUGCUCCGUACAAGACAAUGCAUAACAUUCUUUGCAAUCUUGGUGAGGAUAAAAAACUAAAUAUAAUUAUCGUUCCGUUUAUGUGCGAUGAUAUCGAAGCUAACAUAAUAGUGCCAUAUAGUCUAGUCCGCGAAUUUAAUACUCAACUUCAAGUGAAUUCUCCUUGUACCGUCGCGAUUUUAGUAGAUAGAGGAUUGAAUCGUCGACGGAUAAAUCUCGGAAAAUUUUCGUAUAAUGUACUCGUAAUUUUUAUCGGGGGUGAUGAUGAUCGUGAAGCGUUACAAGUAGCAACGCGAAUGUCGGGAAAUCCGGAUGUGAGCAUAACAUUGAUGAGAAUUUAUCUGAAAAAUGAGGAAAUUUAUGAAAUUGAGGAUAAAUUAGAUGAAUCAUUGAUCAAAGAGUUCAAAGAAAAAAAUGAGAAAAAUAAAAAUGUGGUCUUGAGAGAAGCUAUAGUAAGUAAUAGUACAGAUUUGAUAAAUUUGAUUGGAUCGUUGGAUGGAAAUUAUGAGAUAAUUAUAGUGGGGAAAAAGCAGAUUAAAUUAAAUUUAAUGAAAGAAAUGCAAGAUUGGAUUGAUUAUCCAGAAUUGGGGGUGAUUGGUGAUAUGAUUGCUUCUUCAAAUUCCCAUGAUUGUAAAAUGUCUGUUCUAGUGGUUCAACAUUCUCUCUUUUUUAUUUAG